AUGGUCAGCGGUGCUUUGCAGCUGGCCGGGCUGAUAGUUGGCGGCAUCGGUGCGGUAGGGACUUUCGCUGUCACGGGCAUGCCUCAGUGGAGGGUGUCUGCCUUCAUCGAGAACAACAUCGUCGUGUUUGAGAACAUCUGGGAGGGCCUGUGGAUGCACUGCGUCAGGCAGGCCAACAUCAGGAUGCAGUGCAAGGUCUACGACUCCCCACUGGCGCUCUCACCUGACCUGCAGGCCUCCCGGGGGCUGAUGUGUGCCGCUGCCAUGCUGUCCUUCCUCGCUUUUGCCCUUGCCGCUGCGGGGAUGAAGUGCACACAGUGCGCAUGGAACAGCAAGCAAGCCAAGGGCCACCUGCUGCUGGCAGCUGGGCUCCUUUUUGUCGUCUCGGGCGCCGUGGAGCUCAUCCCUGUGUGCUGGGUGGCCAACACCAUCAUCAGCGACUUUUACAACCCUGUGGUCAACGUGGCGCAGAAACGGGAGCUGGGGGAGGCCCUCUACCUGGGCUGGGGGGCCACUUUUUGCCUCAUUGCUGCCGGAGCCAUCUUCUGUUGCUUUUGCUGCUGCCGGCAGAAAACCAGGAGCUACAGAUACUCCGUGCCGCCCCACCACCCUACUUGUGACCAGCACUGCCACGGGAAGACUGAAAGCUCAUACUCCAAAAGUCAGUACGUCUAG